AUUUUUGUUUUUUUUAAAAGGUAAUUAUAUGCUUUCUUCUGUCUUCUACGCUCUCCUGCGUAGUCUCCUCGUCGUGUCUGCCGCUGUUCUUGGUCUGAAGGACCAGUUUAUAUCAGUGUAGAAUUCUAAAGUGCAUCAAGUUUGGAAGCCUUGUAUUGACAAGGAUAUCUCAAAAAGCAGAAUGAAGGAAGAAGAAGUUAAUAGAUGCCAGAUACAAGAAUGGUACCCAAAAUUCAAAUCUGUUUCAAUCAAAACCCUAAUUCACGAGCUCCCAGAACACUUUGUCGAAUACCUUCUUGAUGAUUCUGGACCAUUCCUUCUCCCAAUUUCAAUCACCAACGAAGAUGCUUUACCUAAUAGAGUCCACAAUCCUCACGAGGAAGAAGACUAUCAAGUAUCAGAAGGUUCUGGAGAUGAAGCAGAGCAGCCAUCAUCAUCGCCACCUUCGUUCCCUGAACUUGAAUUGGAAAUCAAGGAGUCUAUUAAAACCCUAGGUGGCGCCAUUUUCCCCAAACUCAACUGGAGUGCACCCAAGGAUGCAUCCUGGAUCAGCACCACUGGAACUCUAAGAUGCACUUCGUUCAGCGAGAUUGCUCUCUUAUUCCGAUCAUCCGAUUCAUUGGUCCAUGAUUUGUGCCAUGCCUAUGACUCUUGCUCCGACAAGACCUCGUCAAGGCCUCACAGCUUUUUCCUCGCUCUUCGGAAAUGGUACCCAUCAUUUCGGCCGGACAUGGAGUUUCGAUGCUUUGUCAAGGGUCGGCAGUUGAUUGGGAUCUCCCAGCGUGAGGUGACGACAUUCUACCCUGCUUUGAUGGAGAAGAGAGAUGAUCUUCAAGCUUUGAUCCAUAACUUUUUUAUGGACAAGAUAAGAUCGCGAUUUGAUUCAGAAAAUUACACAUUCGAUGUGUAUGUGACUGGGGAUGAGAGAGUUAAGCUUAUGGAUUUCAAUCCUUGGGCUGCAUUUACUCUCCCAUUGUUGUUCACAUGGGAGGAAUUGGAGCAAAGUUUUGAAGAAGAAGAAGAAAUAGAGGUGGAUAUGAGAAUAGUGGAAAGCCGACGUGAGGUUCGGCCAGGUUUGAAGACAGCGGUUCCAUAUGAUUAUUUGGAUACAAGUCCAGGAAGUGGCUGGGAUCAGUUCCUUAGGAAUGCUGGGGAAGAAUUGAGUCGUCAAAAUAGGUCUUCAGAAGCAGGUGCUUAAGAGUUGAGCAUCUCCGUUUUGUUCUUUCAGGUUUAAUUGAAUUCGAAUUUGAAUGUUGCCGAGUCUUUGAAAUGGCUCCGACAAAUUUAGUAAGUUAGUAUUUGUAAAAAUGAGAAGCAAAAAGUUUUGGAUUAUGCAGUUUUCUUGAUUAAUGAAUUUUUUUAUUUAAGAAAUA